AAUAACUCCAAAUUAUUUGCAUCAUCUGUCACAAUUUCGCAAUUAUUAAUUUUUUCCAAAUUUGAUAAUUUUUCCCGUAAAUUAUCUCCCUACUGUAAACGUGCCCCACCUUUUUUCAUACGCCGGCACACAGCCAAUUAUUAAACAGUAGAGAAAAAAAAGGGAUUUUAAUAUUCGCAUUUGAGUUUCUCUCUCCACGCUAUUUUUUUGUUUUUUCUUUUGUGUGUGGACGCAGUCGCCGGAACUCUGUUUCUUCUUCUUGUUCUUCGUCUUCUUCCUCCCCGUGGAUCUAAGAAGAAAAAAAACAUUAAUCUGAAUCUCAUUUCUGUUAAUUUACAAGUUUGUUCUCGAAUUUUGUUUGCUUAACGCCGUUGGUGUUUUCCGAUUCUGUUUUUUGUAGUGCGAAAAACUAGUCUCAUUGUGUGGUGAUUGCUGUUGAGUAGGAGCUUUUGUUCUGAAUUUACUGGUGUGUGUGCGUGUGUGUGUUUGUGUAUGAAAUGAAGUAGUUUGUUAAUUAUCUGAGUUAGCUAGGUUUUGUAAGGGAGCAGGUUUUUGACCUGCUAGCAUUAGUUUGGAUAUAGGCCCGGGCUCGAGGCUCGGGAAUAGGAAGUAUGCUUAUGGAGAAGGGACUUCUGGCUCAGGAUGUGGAAUUGAACUGCGGUGGUGCUGCAGGCGGCAGCUACUUACAGAAAUUCAGACUCUAUGAAACUCGCUCGAACUUCUAUAUGAUUGGACGAGACAAGAAUAGAACAUGUUGGAAGGUCUUGAAGAUCAACAGAUUAGAGCAGUCCGAGCUAAGUGUUAUUGAAGAUACUACAACAUAUUCAGAAAUUGAAUGCUACGACCUGCUGAAAAGAAUUCAUGAAGGAAACAAGUCUACUGGUGGAUUGAAGUUUGUUACCGCUUGCUAUGGAAUCAUUGGAUUCAUAAAAUUUUUGGGACCUUAUUACAUGUUGCUUAUCACUAAAAGAAGAAAGAUUGGCACAAUAUGUGGCCAUGCAGUAUAUUCAAUCGCCAAGAGCGAGAUGAUUCCUAUACCAAAUCCUUCUCUGCACACAAAUGUGGCUUAUUCUAAGAAUGAGAACAGUUUUCGUUUGGACUUGCAUUUACUUGUUGUUGCUCUCCCUUUUCUACUGUUGAUAAUUAGAUACAAGAAGCUUCUACGCACAGUGGAUCUUACCAAGGACUUCUAUUUUAGCUACUCCUACCAUGUUAUGCAUAGUCUUCAAAAGAAUCUAAGCAAUCACGAAACAGGAUUAAUCCUCUACGAGACCAUGUUUGUCUGGAAUGAGUUCUUAACUCGAGGGAUUCGUAAUCAGCUCAAGAAUUCAAUUUGGACCGUGGCAUUGGUUUAUGGAUUCUUUAAACAGGUUAAACUUUCAAUAUCCGGGCGUGACUUCAAUCUAAUUCUUAUUGCCAGAAGAUCUCGUCACUAUGCAGGAACCAGAUACUUAAAACGGGGGGUUAAUGAGAAGGGUCGUGUUGCAAAUGAUGUUGAGACUGAACAAAUUGUUCUUGAGGAUGUAGCGGAAGGAAGUCCUAUACAAAUAUCUUCUGUUGUACAGAACCGGGGUUCAAUACCUCUCUUUUGGUCACAGGAGACAUCGAAACUGAAUAUCAAACCUGACAUCAUAUUAUCAAGGAAGGACGAAAAGUAUGAAGCCACCAAACUUCACUUCGACAAUCUAGUCAUGAGAUAUGGGAAUCCGAUUAUCAUAUUAAAUUUGAUUAAGACACGUGAGAAGAAGCCAAGAGAAUCUAUUCUCCGUGCAGAGUUUGCUACGGCUAUUGAAGUUAUUAACAAAGACCUUGCACAGGGAAACCGCUUGAAGUUCCUUCACUGGGAUUUGAGUAAAUACUCUAGAAACAAAGCAGCGAGUGUGUUGGCAUAUUUAGUCAAAGUAGCAGCCAAUGCAUUGGAUUUAACUGGCUUCUUUUAUUGUCAUGUACUCCCGUCUUCAAGCCAACUCCCGUGCAGCAACAACUGCUAUGGUGAUUAUUCUGAUGAGGACCUUUCCAAUGCGACUGAGGAUAUUUGCGAAUUGACCGAUAAAGAUAAGAUUAGUGACGUGGGUGGAAGCCAUUUUGUCAAGCCUCCGGUGUUCCAGAAAGGGGUUCUGAGAACGAAUUGCAUAGACUGUUUGGACCGCACAAAUGUGGCUCAAUACGUUUAUGGGCUGGUUGCUCUUGGCCAUCAGUUGCAUGCAUUAGGAUAUAUUGCUGUUCCAAAAAUAAGCUUAGACUCUGCUUUGGCUGAUGAUCUGAUGAAGACAUAUGAAGCUAUGGGCGACACACUUGCUCUACAGUAUGGUGGGUCUGCGGCCCAUAACAAGAUAUUUUCGGAGACAAGGGGUCAGUGGAAAGCAGCAACCCAGUCUCAGGAGUUAUUUAGAACUCUUCAACGUUACUAUAGUAAUGCCUACAUGGAUGCUGAGAAACAAGACGCCAUAAAUGUGUUUCUCGGACAUUUCCAACCACAACAAGGGAAGCCUGCUCUGUGGGAGCUGGAUUCUGAUCAGCAUUAUGAUGUUCGAAGCCGUGGUUCUGAUUUUGCAGAAGAAAAUGCUAGGUCAAUAAUUAAAAGGUCAUUAUCUGAUGGCAAUAUUCUUUCUGAAGACAACUCGCCUAUAGCCGAUGCAAAGGUUAUACAAAUGGAUAAUUCUCAUAUAGCACUGCCUGUUACGAUUAAAAGCUGUACUUUGGGGCUUUCGGAUUCAACUCCAGAAUUUUCAACUUGUGACAGUGAUGCAUCUUAUUCCAGGUACACAGCCUCAAUGUCACGCACACGGCUUUUCCAUGAUCCACAGCCAGAGAGGUAUCUUCAAAACGAUAGCACGUAUUAUGUUGAACGUGGUGAUUCAUCCAACUGUUCAAAUUUUCUCGAUGUUGAUUGGAUUUCAUCAUCUGGGAAUUCUUGCGAAGAUGAAACAUACGAAAGAUCAUUGCUUAUUGGGUCUCCAUCGGUUGGCAUGUCUUCCGGAGAGAUAAAACUUGAAACGAACUCAUCUUAUCAAUCUGGAUCCAGCUUGAAGUUGAACACUUGA